GCGGCCGUAGCAGCAGCAGACGCGGGUCAUGAUGGUAUCAAUUCCAGAAUACUAUGAAGGCAAGAAUGUCCUUCUCACAGGAGCUACUGGUUUCAUGGGAAAGGUUCUUCUUGAAAAGCUGUUAAGGUCUUGUCCAAAAGUAAAAGCAGUUUAUGUGCUGGUGAGACACAAAGCAGGGAAGAUGUCCCAAGAAAGAGUGGAAGAAAUGAUCAGCUGCAAGCUCUUUGACCGACUGCGAGAUGAACAGCCACAAUUUAAAGAAAAAAUUAUAGCAAUUGCUAGUGACCUUACAGAAUUAGAAAUGGCCCUUAGUGAAGAAGACAAGGAGACUCUCAUAGACUGCACAAAUAUUGUAUUUCACUGUGCUGCUACUGUAAGAUUCAAUGAAAUUCUAAGAGAUGCUGUUCAGCUCAACGUAAUUGCAACACAGCAGCUUCUUUUCUUAGCCCAGAAAAUGAAGAAUCUGGAUGUGUUUAUCCAUGUUUCAACAGCAUUUGCCUAUUGCAAUCGAAAGCACAUUGAGGAAGUCGUCUAUCCACCCCCUGUUGAUCCCAAGAAAUUGAUAGAUUCCUUAGAGUGGAUGGAUGACGGCUUAGUGAAUGAUAUUACUCCAAAACUGAUAGGAGACAGGCCUAAUACUUACACAUAUACAAAAGCCUUAGCAGAAUACAUUGUUCAACAGGAAGGUGCAAAAUUAAAUGUAGCCAUUAUAAGGCCAUCAAUUGUGGGUGCCAGCUGGAAAGAGCCUUUCCCAGGAUGGAUUGACAACUUUAAUGGACCUAGUGGCCUCUUUAUUGCUGCAGGAAAAGGAAUUCUUCGAACCAUGCGAGCCUCCAACAGUGCAGUUGCAGAUCUUAUUCCAGUAGAUGUAGUCAUCAACGCAACAAUAGCUGCUGCUUGGUAUUCAGGAGUUAAUAGGUAUAGCAGACCAAGAAAUAUAAUGGUGUACAAUUGUACAACGGGUGGCACCAAUCCUUUCCAUUGGGGUGAAGUUGAAUACCAUGUAAUAUCUACUUUCAAGAGGAAUCCUCUCGAACAGGCCUUCAGACGGCCCAAUGUAAAUCUAACCUCCAAUCACCUUUUAUAUCACUACUGGAUUGCUGUAAGCCAUAAGGCCCCAGCAUUCCUGUAUGAUAUCUACCUCAGGAUUACAGGAAGAAGCCCAAGGAUGAUGAAAACAAUAACACGUCUUCACAAGGCUAUGAUGUUACUAGAAUACUUUACCAGUAAUUCUUGGGAAUGGAACACAGACAAUGUAAAUAUGCUUAUGAGCCAACUGGGUCCUGAAGACAAAAAGGUAUUUAAUUUUGAUGUUCGCCAGUUACAUUGGGCAGAGUAUAUGGAAAACUACUGCAUGGGAACAAAGAAGUAUGUUCUGAAUGAGGAAAUGUCUGGUCUCCCAGCAGCUAGGAAACACUUGAAUAAGUUAAGGAACAUCCGUUACGGCUUCAAUACAGUGCUUGUUAUUCUCAUCUGGCGUAUCUUCAUUGCAAGAUCACAAAUGGCAAGAAACAUCUGGUAUUUUGUUGUGAGCCUGUGUUACAAGUUCCUUUCUUACUUCAGAGCCUCUAGUACUAUGAGAUACUGAAGAGGACAAUUCUAACAUUAGGACAUCUAUGCAUAUGGUGGUCUAAUGGCACAAAGCCGUAUAAUGUACCUACUCAUCUUGUCUUUUGUAAAAACAUGAAAUAUUAGAUCUGGAUUGUGAAAUACAGUACAUGUGAUGCUUAAUUGUGUAUUUCUGUGAAGAUUAUAUGGCUGGUUCUGGAGCAAUCUGUCAUUAGGCAAAUAUGUAGGUUAAAUAUCCAACAAAACAGAUUUAAUAUCUCUGUGUGAGGAAAACCUUUAGGCCACUGACCAGUGUAACUGUGCAAUUCUGGAAUGCAUUGAAUUAAAAUCUGCCUUAACAUAGUAAACUUAAUUUUUAUGGCAAGUGAGCUCAUUUAGUUAAGGUGAACCAAUUAUUGACUUAGGUGAUAGACUUAUUUAUUUGAGACUUUUAAAUUGCAAUGUCCUUGUAAAUGAUUGUGAGUUUGGCUUUCUGUUAGUCCUUUAUUGCUCUUGCCUCCUUUCUGGUGACUGUAAAGAUGUGAAGUUUACUUAUGGAAAUGAGACCUUCCUAACUGAACCUUUUGUGUUCUGCUUUUGAAAGUGCACCUACUGAUCCAGACUGACCCACCGGAGAUUGCUGUUGAAAUAAUUGGCCAUGAUCUAGAAUGUGUAUGCAUAUGUGUAAGCAUAGGCAUCCACAUGGCUGCAUAAACUCCCCCAGUUGAGAAAGCAAGUGCAAGAGGUGGCUUUCCUUACAUUCUCCUGAACUGUAAUUUAUAAGAACUGCCUCUACGGCCAAGAGAAGAAGUAAGCUUGUUCCUUAGAAUAAAUACAAAUGAAGGAAACACAUUUUUACUAGAGUUGUUCCAAAGUGGCACAAGAAAUCAGGAACUUCUUAAAUUUUUGUUCUGAAAUCCAGAACAUAAAUUUGUUUAGGAAACACCACACCCUCCCUAUGUUGCCCACAGAAUUUUGAAACUGAAGUCUCAGUCACUUUCUUCUAAGCUGUAAAGACAACAUAUUUAUGCUAAAUACAACUUGGCAUUAUUUUCAGAAAUGGAGGAAGAUGUUGAAUUGCUAUUACUUAAAUAAACACCAAUCUAUUUUCUGCAUGUUUAAUUUGCAUCCUCAAGAAACAAAAUAUAGGAGUCCUCAAUAAAAGAUGAAAUAUAAUUCAGUACUUAAAUUUUGCAGUACAACUCAUUUGCAUAAAAUUCUAUAUGAGCACUAACAUUCCUCCUUAUUUGAUACAACCAGCAUCCCUCUGUGGUAUGGUGGUGGUAAACUGAUCGACUUGUACUGUAGCUGUUUCUUUUUAUAAUCACUGUCUAGGUAAAUUGAGAAUGAUUUCUGAAUGAACAAUGUCAGAAUUAUACAAAGCACAUUUCCUAUACUCAGCUGCUGUGGAAAUUUAACUUCUUUCUUGCACAUGUAUGUAAAUUUGGAGAAGGAACUCCCUUAGUAAAAGAUGAAUUUUUCUCACUUAGAACUUAAAUGUAAGUUUAAAAGAUUUAUGUGUACUCUUUCCAGUGAUAGAAAUGUUGCAUGGUCAAGGACCGCACAUUAAGAAGUGUGAGAGACUGUUGUGACAGUGAUGGAACAUACAAUAAAUUGUGGAUUUUGUGAAUGAAGUCACAGUUGGCAAUAUUCCUAUUAUGUUACAGCUGCUUCCUAACGUUUCCUCCUCCUUUGUUGGACUUGAAAUCAUUUACUUAGCAUUUGAGCAUGCCUGUAGACUUUUUUUCUUGCACAAGGUGCCUGGAAUUCUACAACCCACCAUGAUCUGUGUGGAUGUAGUUUAACUUGGUUGAAAGAAGCAUUUGUAAGAUGCUUGGAUGUUAUUUUCACUUUCCUCAGUGUACCUUGUUAUUGAACUCCUCAAAAGGAAUACAACUGAUAAAAUGCCACUGUUCAUAACACUGCUGAAGGUAAUCAGAGAUUAAAUGAGUUAUGCAAUUUUCCUUGUGAGAUUCUAAUACCUAAUGGCUGCCAUCUUGGAGUCCCUGGUUUUGGUUUUGAUGUGAAUGUUUCGUUUUCCUCAUACAAAGAAAUAACACCAUGCUGUUUCAUAGUGUUUUGGGCAUUCCACAAAAAUUGUUACAGCUAAGAUACUGUCAUAUCUGGAUCUUGUAGUGUUGCAAUUCAUAUUAUCAGAAUUGUUAACUAAAACAAAGGGGAUCUAUAAUUUUGUGUAUUAUUCUAAGAAAUCUACUCAUGGACUUUAAAAACAGUGAAAUCUGAAGUAACAGAAGAGCAUUUUACAGCAGGUGAUUAUUCAGUAGGUCUGCCAGAGUUUAAAAUUUGGGACCAUAGGAAGAACAUUAUCCUGCACUGGCGUUUUCUGAUAUAGAAAUAGAUUCUGCAAAGAAUUUUAAAUGAUAAACUUUUAUAAAACAGAAAUAUUGGGUGCCUUUGUUUGUAAACCAAAAAUAAACAAAUUCCUGAAUAUGAUGUUUGUUGAAUGUAUCAAGUUGUGUAAAGUGUGUAGAAGCACUAAUAGAAAUCAUGUUUUGAUGAAACAGGACCAGUAAAACCGCCAUCCAGACAUCUUGAAAUGGUCUGAUUUCCAGAAAUGGGAAAAUUACAGAAUUAGCGGAUCACUCCCAACAAUUCUUGUUACCAUUAAAAGGUUUUUUUCUGUCUUGAAAUAUUAAAACAAGUACAAACACAGAAGUACAAAUUGUGAGCAAAUUAUUCCUUGAUCAAAGAGCCUUACAAGGCAAUCCUGUGUGUGUUUACUGUGUAUUUGGAGAGAGGUGCAGGGCUCAGUGGUAGAGCAGCUGCUCUGCAUGCAGAAGGUGUUUCAGUCAAGGCCCCAGGUUCAAUCCACAACAUCUCCAGUUAAGAGGAUGAGCUACAGAGGAUGUGAAGGACCUGUACCCAAGACCCCAGAGAGCUGCCACCAGUCAGACUAAACAAUACUGAUCUUGAUAAACAGUAUAAGACAUUU